AUGGAUCCCCAAGCAGCGCCGGCCUUCUUGGCUGCGAGAGUCGUGGAUCAGAGGCUACAGACGCCGGCGGCAGCGAGGCUGCAGGCAUCGCCAAGCGUACUGCGGAAGACUGUUGGGCAGUCUGUCGCAGCCAUUGCUUCCCCAGCGGCCGCGCUUCUGGCUGCUGGCAAAGCCAUCUCUGCGCGCCGUGGAGCUGUGAAGCGACGGGCGGCAGCGACAGACAGCGCGAAGGCGGACCAGAAGAAGUCUGGUCGUCAGAUCAACAUCAGCAACGAGGCGACCUUGCCAAAGACUCUUGCUGAGGGCUCGUCAACUUCCAUGGAUGCAUUCAUGCGAGAGAAUGCAGCAGAGGUGAGCCUGCAGAAUCUUGAGAAGAUUGUGCCCAAGCCCGGCGAGCCGGAGAUCUUGCAGUGCUUCCUGAAGCCAAAUGACAUUGGCCCCUAUCGUUCGCAGCUCAUGAUGGAGGUCAAGGUCGAGGUUGCCGAGGCCGGUGGCAAGUGCAACAUCCACAUCCUGGACAUGUUCCCAGGAAAUGUGGACAAGAAGACCGGGGAGGUCACCUUCGAUCCUCAAUACAAGAUGGACAUGGAGUCCGAGAACAUCAUCCAGUGGACUGAGAACGGCCAAGGAGGCCUCGAGGUCGUCAACCGCGCCUGGUCCCGGUCCAGGAUGAACCUUCCGUGGUGGUUCCCCCUGCCAGACGCCUUCAUCGAGAAGGCUGCCCAGCUGAUGAUCCGCAAGGUGGUCAAGGAUGGCAUAGCCAAGGUGAACGAGCAGAUCGACACCAAGUACAGCGCGUGGCUUGCGAGAGAGAAGGUGGACGCGUGA